UCAAAGUUCACAAUGGAAAUAGUUAAAUACUACUUCUCUAUGUUCUCUGCAACACAAAUCUAAAUCGUGUGUGACUAUCUGCAUAAUGAGUAUCCCUGCCGUUCAACGCAUUUCAGAAUGCUUCGUCAAGCCACAUCAUCCAACCCAAGUGUCGAAGCAAACAUGCUAUCUAACAGCUUGGGAUAUUGCUAAAUUGUCCAUACACUAUAUCCAAAAGGGUCUACUCUUCAAGAAACCAGCAACACUUGUUCAUCAACAUGAUUUCAUUGAGAAUCUGUUGGACAAACUCAAGCAAUCUCUUUCUCUCACCCUCUUCCACUUCUAUCCAUUGGCUGGUCGCCUUGUCACCCACAAAACCCAACACCCUCCUUCUUAUGCUGUUUCUGUUGAUUGCAACAACAGUGAUGGAGCUAGAUUCAUCUAUGCAACGUUGGAUAUGACCAUAUCUGACAUACUCUCUCCCAUUGAUGUUCCACCCAUUCUUCACUCUUUCAUUGACCACCACAAAGCAGUCAACCAUGAUGGUCACACCAUGCCACUCUUGUCCAUCCAAGUCACUGAACUAGUCGAUGGUGUUUUCCUAGGUUGUUCCAUGAACCACGCUAUUGGCGAUGGCACUUCUUAUUGGAAUUUCUUCAAUACAUGGUCUGAGAUCUUUCAAGCUCAAGCUCAAGGGAAUGAAUAUAAUGUUCCCAUUUCGCACCAUCCCAUUCACAAUCGCUGGUUUCCAAAUGAUUGCAGUCCACCAAUCAAUCUUCCUUUUAAACAUCAUGACGAGUUUAUUAGAAGAUUCGAAGCACCCUUGCUGAGAGAGAGAAUCUUCCACUUUUCAGCAGAGUCUAUUGCGAAACUAAAAGCAAAGGCCAACAUGGAGUCCAAUACCACCAAAAUCUCUUCAUUCCAAUCCUUGUCAGCACAUGUUUGGAGAUGCAUAACUCGCGCACUCCACUUGCCAUUUGAUCAGAAAAUAAGUUGCAAGUUAGUCACAAACAAUCGAUCAAGAAUGGAACCACCUCUUCCUCACGAAUACUUUGGAAACUCGGUUGGUAGGGUGAGUGCUGAAACGACGUCAGGAGAAUUGCUUGAGAAUGAACUAGGAUGGGCAGCAUGGAAGUUGCACUUGGCUGUUACAAACUACAACGACAGAUUGGUGAUGCAAUCGUUCCAAGAGUGGUUACGGUCUCCUUUGAUACAACAAAUUGGUCACCCGUACUGUGUCUUGAUUAGUAGCUCGCCGAGGUUCAACAUGUAUGGGAAUGAAUUUGGAAUGGGAAAAGCAUUAGCCGUUAGAAGUGGCUAUGCCAACAAAUUUGAUGGGAAAGUAACAUCAUACCCAGGUCGUGAAGGAGGAGGAAGCAUUGAUUUGGAAGUGUGCCUUUUGCCACAUACAAUGAGCGAGCUGGAAUCAGACAUGGAGUUUAUGAAUGCAGUUUCGGUGUCUAAUCUUGUUGAGUAAUAUGCUAUCAUAAGUGUGAAUUGUUAUUAUAAUAUAAUGUUAUUCCUCCUCUCAUAAGUUAUAUUUAGUAGUAUUUAUGUGACUAUUUACAUUUGUAUUGUUAUAACAUUAUGACUAUUUACAUUUGUAAUUGUUAUAUUAUUCUAAUUGUAAUUUUUAAUCUAUAAAUGUCUAUGAAUAUAUGGUAUGAAAU